AGUUCAGCACAUUCCUAAUGAAUAGAGAAGACAGAACCUUUCGAUGCUACUUCGUGAUUGGAAACUAGUAAAGUUGAUGAGGGAAAUGUAACGUAACUCUCUACAGCAUCUGCUGAAAACAUCUCUAUUGUAAAAGCCGGGGGUGAGCUCAGGUCUCAACUUCUCAAUAUAAUAGCGAUAACCGGUUAAUACACGUGGAAGUAUAUAUAUAUAUUACAUAUAUAUAUUUAAACAGCUUAGUCUUGUUUGAGCGUUUAUUCCUUCCGUAUAUCUAUACGGUUCUCAACUAUAGUUAACUGUUAGAGUGUAUACGAGUUACUGAAGUGUCAAAUAAUUCAAAUAGUAAAAGGUGACGAAAAUAAUUGUGAGAGAAUAGGAAAUAUUAAUAAUAUAAUAAUGAAAUUUAAGACGAGUUUAGUUUGUACCUUUGAGUAUAUUAUAUAUUUUUGUUAUGUGAUAAAAUUUGUCAACAGUGUGGAAUACUCGGUUAGAGUUACGGACUAUGGUAAAGUUAAAGGAGUCGUUGAAUAUGUGCAUGGUCAAAAAAUUGUGGAAAAAUUCUUCGGGAUUCCUUAUGCGAGUCCCCCAAUCGGCAAUCUUCGACUAGAGGCGCCUGUACCACCGAGAUCGUGGGGAGAUUCUAUUAGGAACGCCAAUGUUUUAGCUCCAGCGUGUCCGCAAGCAUCGGAAGGCGUGGCUUACAUAGAAUACCAUGUUCCUGGAUUCAAUAAGACAAGCGAGGAUUGUCUUUAUCUGAAUAUAUAUGUUCCAAGAGGUUCUCACCAUCAUCGAUCGAUGCCGGUACUUGUGUUCAUCCAUGGAGGCUCAUACCAGAACGGCAUGGGUGCGAUGUUUGAUGGAAGCGUUCUAGCAACCCAUGGCAUUGUGGUCGUCACAUUCAAUUACAGAUUGGGACCUUUAGGUUUCAUGAAUUCUGCAGACGGUGUUAUACGGGGUAAUUAUGGGAUGUUAGAUAUGAUCGCAGCCCUUCAAUGGAUACAAGGCAAUAUUGCCAAUUUCAAUGGUGAUCCAAACAGUGUCACAAUAGACGGCCAUAGUGCUGGUGGUUGCAGUGUUGGACUUCUGCUGAUGUCACCUCUUGCUAAAGGCUUGUUCAAAAGAGUUAUACAACAAAGCGGUUCACCACUGGCACACUGGUCAGUGUCUAGAUAUGAGACAAAACCUAAUUUUGUGUAUAAAAUCUUCUCGUCUUCUGUGAAAUGUUACAGUAAUAAUUCAGCAGAAGUCAAGAAAUGCAUAAAGAACCUUGACACCGAAACUCUUCAAAGAGUUAUCACUGAAGAAUCUGAAUGGACCACAUCAUUGACACCACAAUAUCGCCCGGUAGUUGACGGGUACUUUUUGCCAUACACUCCGGAAGUUAUGGUGGAAAGAGAACCACUAAAUGCUGUCCAUUUUCUGACUGGGGCUACACAAGAUGAAGGCCUUAUUGCAGCAAUACCUCUAAUAAAAUUAUACGGCGUUGGAACAACCGGUUUCCGGAAGUUGCUUACCUUAAUGAGCUGCUUUAGAGGUGAACUACCGGAAAUACCCGAUAUUGUAUAUUCAGUAUUAGAAAAGUAUGUCAAGUUUGAAUCGUCGGACAUCUCUGAACAAGAAAUAGAGAGGAGUUUCUCAGAGAUUGUAGGUGAUUACUUCAUUACGGCACCCACUCAUCGAUUUGCUGACAGUCUAUCACGACGAAAUGUUUCUGUUUACCUGUAUAAUUACGAGUACAAGUCUCUUUUAGAUCAAUGGGACGGUGUCAUACAUGGAGCUGAGCUGUUUUACCUCUCCGGUUGUCCAUUUACAGGGCAUAAAAACUUUCGAUAUGAUCAUGUAGACAAGGAAAUGGCAAAUAUGUUAAUACAUAUCUGGUCAAAUUUCAUAAAACAUGGUAUACCAUCACUACAUCCACUCAACGAAAUAGAUCUACCUCUUUUCAAUCCCCGUCGAAAAUCGUACACAAAAAUAUUUUCCUCCCAAAGAGAACCUGCUGUGUCAUUUAUGACAAAUCUAAGACAAUCAAAAAUGACUUUUUGGAAUCAAGAAGUGUCAGACAUGUACUCUAACAGAUAUUCCAAAGAAAAUAAUUUGACUCAUAAAACAACAUAUUCCCAUGUAAAUGGUAAAAACACAUGGAUUUUAGCGUCCGUGUGCAUAGGGCUAUCGGUUGUAACACUCAUUUUGACUGUGCAAUACUUCAAAGUACGGAAAGAAAUCACAUCACUCUUGCGUCAAAACAGUAUCUCGAGUGGAGAACGGAUGCUGAACGGGACACAGAUUUGAAUAUUGUAGAAAAGUCCAAACAUUUCACAUACAAUCAGACAUUUAGUGAACGUGAAUAUUAAGUCCACGUUUCAGAAUAAAUGAAAUUCAUUGGGACGUCUUUGACGAGAAUUUAAUCUGGUUGCCGUUCGAUGUUGCACGGACUUGUUUACAGGAAUUGACUGGUGUUAAAUUAUAAAGUGAUGACGCCGAAUGAAACUAUCGAUCUCAAGUGAUCAAUUCUAUUAAUAUACUGGAAUCUGUAAAUAAAUCUGAGAUUAUUUAUUGAUAUGUUAUGAACUUUUUUUUGUAUACGAUUGUACAUAUUGUUGACUCAGUAUAACUGUUUAGUUCUAGAAAGAGAUAAACAGUAUAGAAUAGGGCAUGAAAUAGACCCUUGUCACCAUUCCAUCUGGCAUAUGAUUUAUCCAAGAUACGGGUGCAUUUUGACGCACAUUCUAUCACAGUCACACUCACUGCUAUGUGAUUUGUUAUAAUACUGUGCUUUAUAAACAUGUAACAUUUUUUCAAUCUCAGCAUUGAUUUCAUGUAUUGAUUAUGUAUAUAACUUCAAUCGGUUGUGAUUUAUUGACAUUCCCUUUUUAAUGUUAAGUAUUUAGUUACCAAGUCUCUCUUGAAACUGUAAAAAUUACAUUGACAAAAUGUCGAUAAUAUUCAUGUUUUUCUUUUUAUUAAUGAUCAUAUAUAUUUAGAGUAGCCGGCAAUUUUUAUUUUUCAUUUUUUGAACAAAAUCAUGUAUUACAGCAACUUGUUUUUACGACCAUGGUCUUGCACCUUUUCAUUAUCCCUCAUGUACAGACUCUGCAAUUUUCAUGAACACAUCUGCGGAUGUUUCUAAAUUCAAAAUUUCACCAUUUUCAUGUUUAAAUGUUGAAUUACUAUACCAAAUUUCUUUCAAAGCAAAUAUUCCUAAAUUUCUAAAUUUUUAAAUUCAAAAUUUUACCAUUGCAUGUUUAAAUGUUGAAUUCUGCUUAAGCCGGUGCUAGGGGGCGUGGACGGGAGCAUGCACUUUGAAGUAACGUACAUGAAAAAAGCUCAACCAAACCUAGCCUGCAACAUUUGAUAUUUUUGUCGUUUUCGGCGUUCUUUACGGAUUCUGUUUUUUAUAUUUUAAGAUUCUCAGCUAGCUUACCGUUGAAGAAGCACCUGAGGUCUACCUCCUCACUAAAGCUGAAAAGCCUAAAGCUUGUUGCAUGACCUUAUUAGUGUCGGUGUGACGUACUGCGAAGACCAAAAACACAUGUUUUUAUAUAUGAUUGAUUCAUGAUGAUGUAUGAUUUUAAUGUAACCGUAAUUGUUAUAUCUGUGUUUGUUUUUUUCCUUUCUUUUUUUACAAAUCUCGAAAUAAAUUUAUGAAAAUAG